AUGGAUCCAGUAUCCACCUGGGGCAACACCCCUCUCGCCGCCGUGGAUCCCGAGAUCCACGAUCUCAUCGAGAAGGAGAAGCGCCGCCAGUGCCGCGGCAUCGAGCUGAUUGCCUCCGAGAAUUUCACUUCCUUCGCCGUCAUUGAGGCUCUUGGCAGCGCUCUCACUAACAAGUACUCCGAGGGAAUGCCCGGGAAUCGAUACUACGGAGGAAAUGAAUACAUUGACGAGAUCGAAAAUCUCACCCGUUCCCGCGCUCUCCAGGCCUACCGCCUCGAUCCCACAAAGUGGGGUGUCAAUGUGCAGCCCUACAGUGGCUCUCCGGCAAAUUUCGCCGCAUACACGGCUGUGCUCAAUCCUCAUGACAGGAUCAUGGGUCUUGAUUUGCCUUCUGGAGGGCAUUUGACACACGGGUAUUAUACCUCCGGUGGGAAGAAAAUCAGUGCCACUUCGAUUUACUUCGAGAGCUUGCCUUAUAAGGUGGAUUCGAAGACGGGGUACAUUGAUUACGAUAGGUUGGAGGAGAAGGCCAUGGAUUUCAGGCCUAAAUUGAUUAUCUGUGGAGGAAGUGCUUAUCCCAGAGACUGGGAUUACAAGAGGUUCAGGGAGAUUGCGGAUAAAUGCGGUGCACUUUUGCUUUGCGACAUGGCUCACAUUAGUGGGCUUGUUGCUGCUCAGGAAGCGGCUGAUCCAUUUGAGUAUUGUGACAUUGUCACAACUACCACUCACAAGAGUCUGAGAGGUCCUAGGGCCGGCAUGAUCUUCUACAGGAAGGGUCCAAAGCCACCUAAGAAAGGCCAGCCGGAGGAUGCAGUUUAUGACUUCGAGGACAAGAUCAACUUUGCUGUAUUCCCGUCCCUCCAAGGUGGUCCCCACAACCACCAGAUUGGUGCUCUUGCUGUAGCCCUGAAACAGGCAAUGUCUCCUGGAUUCAAGGCGUAUGCUAAGCAAGUCAGGGCCAAUGCAGUUGCCCUUGGCAAUUAUCUGAUGAGCAAAGGAUACAAGCUCGUCACUGGUGGAACUGAAAACCACUUGGUCCUGUGGGAUCUUCGCCCUCUUGGAUUGACUGGAAACAAGGUUGAGAAGUUGUGUGACCUGAGCAACAUCACCGUUAACAAGAAUGCUGUUUUUGGUGACAGCAGUGCACUGGCGCCUGGAGGAGUUCGCAUUGGGGCUCCUGCUAUGACAUCUAGGGGUCUGGUCGAGAAAGACUUUGAGCAGAUUGCUGAAUUCCUCCACCGGGCCGUGUCCAUCACCUUGAACAUCCAGAAGGAGUAUGGGAAGCUUUUGAAGGACUUCAACAAAGGCCUUGUGAACAACAAAGAGAUUGAGGAACUCAAGGCUGAUGUUGAGAAAUUCUCGUCAUCCUUCGACAUGCCAGGAUUCAAGAUGUCCGAGAUGAAGUACCAGUGA